AUGACGUCCUUUAUCGCAAAGUACAUCGGCAAGAAGUUCCUGGGAGAAUCUCUUCAGAAUAAUUUUGGCCAAGAGGAUCCGUAUUUCGAGACUGUCCCAGCCACACGAUUAGAUGGCAGACCUUCAAAGAAGGGCAAGAAGAGACGUAAGGCAUUACCAGCGGGCAUAUCUGAACAUGAUGGGAAGGUCCUCACGAAGGUUAAGAGGAGGGCAUAUCAUCUCGACAUGAGCCUCUGUAAUUGCUGCGGAAUUAGAUUCGGUUGGAGCUCACUCAUUGGUAUUAUUCCAGGCUUUGGCGAUAUCCUCGAUGCAUUCAUGGCUCUCAUGGUUUUGAGAACCUGCGAACAAAUCGAAGGAGGGCUUCCAGCAGAUGUAAAGACAAAGAUGUACUUGAACAUAAUUCUGGAUUUCGGUCUUGGAUUAUGUCCUCUAGUAGGAGAUAUUGCAGAUGCCCUAUUUCGUGCCAACACCAGAAAUGCUGUUGUCCUCGAAAAGCACCUCCGCCAGAAAGGGGCCAAAGCUCUUAAAGCGCAAGGCCACUCGACGCCUCCAGUUGAUCCGAGUGAUCCCAACGAAUAUGACCGGCAGUUGAGAGAAGAACAUGGCCCGCCGCCGCAGUACACCGGUCAA